AUGAGUUCGCGCAACGAAGAACCGCAGAAUCAGCACCAAGGCAGCAGCGAUGAGAUGGAUGAGCUCCAGGCUGGCACCCCAGAAGCGAACAGGUUUCCGACCGCGGCGGAGCCUCGUGUGUCUCUGUGCUCGUCCCUACAAACCCUACUAAGGGACGAACUGCCUCCGUCUCCGCCUCGGGCGUCUUCUUCGGCGACGUAUGGUGCACGAUCCAGCACAAGCAGAAGAGCCCUGGAGCGCCGAGUUGAGGCGCUGAAAGCCGAGAGGGACCGCGAGGUUCGAGAAAAGCGUGCUAUCCUCGACGAAAAUCGAAAGCUCAAGGAUGCAAACGCGUCGUUGGUUUCGGAGGCACAGCGGUCAAGAGCUGAAAAGGCUCAGAUGAAGCAGGAGAUACAGAACCUGAAAAGUGAGACUCGGGUGAUGCAAACAGAGAAGGAGUUGCAGAAAGCCGAAGUUCGGUACAGAGACGAUGUGAUCGAACGUCUCAAAGGGGUACUCCGGCGCCAUCACCUGUUGUAG